AUGCUCCGGCCCCUUGCCAACAGCAAGCCAUGCUACGAACUCCUGUCCAUGAAUAUUUAUAAAACGAACAAUUGGGAGGAUAUUAUGACAAGAUACCUGCCAGAGCAAGGGCCGCCGAGCGGAAAUAAUGCCGAUUCGUUACCGAAGAACGAUACACUACUCGUUCUGGCCAGCCCGACGCUUCCAGUCUCCAAAAGGGACCAUUAUACCCCGUCGCGUUGGUGGUCCCAUCUGAUGGAGAGCUGUAUGCAACAAUCUGGACUUCAUAGGUACGGCAGCGUGCGCGUGUUGGCUUCGCUGCCGGUUUCAGAAAUGCAGGCAGUCCUACCACGGGCCGUUCACCAUCGCAAGCGCACGUCUAUUCUGACAGAUACUGUUGCUUUACACGCGUUUGAGGUCGCAAGCCCUUACGACUCCGAUACUGAGUUGUUGUGUAAUAUCAAGGGGUGGGAUGUGCUUACUCGCGGCGCGAAACGGGUGGCUGAGCGGACCGCAGCACAGGAGAUAACUACUCCUGCCGGUCGAGAACCUGUUGCCAUAUCGAUGGCACCCGAAAGCCCCGAGGCUGGCAAAAAUCCUCUUCCUCAUAUUCCGCGACUAUUCGUCGAUUCCCACAAACAGAUUUUGAAGGACAUUGCACGAGGCCGACAGGCUGAGAAGAAGGAUGGACCCGACAAACAAAAGCACAAGCGAAUUGCAAGCACGGCUAUCAGUCGGCUAAAACAUGAAAACUCACAGGCACAUGCGCGCGAGGUCAUUGCGAAAAUGGGCCUGGAGCUCGACGAAUUGAGUCGCACAUUGUCGCGCGCCGCGGCCAAUCCCACCCAGAGUCACGAGCAGUUGAGGUUGCUUGAUGACCAGAUCGCAACUCUUCAGUCUGCCUUGAAUGAGAAGACGAGCCGGGCUCUGGUAAAGUUUCGGAAUCCGGCCCUCCAACGCAUCGAUGACGACCGUGCGGCAGAGCAAUCCAACAAUUUCGAUGAUUCCAUCCUGCUCUGGGAUCGGCGGCCAUUUGAGCCGCUACGUAUUGAUCCAGAAGAGGAAUAUCCUCGUGAGAAGUCCCGAUGUCUCGUUUACUUUGAAGCGGACCCGAACCCACCCAUCAUCCAACACCUCCACUCCUUCCCACCUGAGGAACAGCAUGAUCUGCUCCGGAUCUAUGAAUCCUUUACACUCGCCGCCAACAACCGCGGCGCCAUGCCGUUGUCUGACUUUCUGACAUUGAUUUUCAUCAAUCGGUCCAUCAAUGACCUUGUCAAGGCUAUUCCGAGCCUUGCUCGGUACGCUACCAAGCGGCUCAAACCCGGAGCAGGCCCUAUUGCAUUGGAAGAUUCCAAUACAGCAGACCCAAAUACCCUCUACCAAGAGAAUUUGGACUACGACCUGAGCACUUGCCGGCUGCGGUCUCUCCCAGUUCGCGUCCUGUGGGACAUCAUAGUGGAGUACAAGCGGACGGCGACGAAUGUAUCGACGGUGCAGCUGAGCCGGAUGCUAGGCGGGACGUUGACAGCCUUUCGGGCUGGAGGGGAUUUUGUACCGGCCCAAAAAUUGCACUGA